GUGGAGGAUGAUCAGUUUAGCUAAAACUACAAGCUAUAUAUGUAUUCAUCACAAUUCACAUCCAUGGUUACCAAAUCCCCAAUAUAAAAAUCAGCCAUGUGGGAGCAACAAUGUGUCAGUUUCUGACCACACACACCUCAACAGGCUAGAAGGAAGAAUUUUCACGUAAACAACAAAAAACCGGUAUUCAAAGGCGGCUUAAUUAAUACAAACCCCUUCAUGACCAAGCCAUGCCAUUGGUCAACAAAACAAUCUCAACACAUUUUCACACAUGACAUGAACAUGAUCCUUCUCAACCACUUUCCCUUGUGAGUAUAUAUGACACAACAACAACACAAACAUUUGUUAACAAAACACAAAUCAUAAAAAAGUUUAGAUUGGAACAACAAGAACAAGAAGAAGAAGAACAGGAAAUGGAAGUGGUGGUACAGAGUCCUAGUAGUCCCCCCAUGGAUAACUUUGAUUUCAGCAGUGGAACCAUGAGUUCACCUUAUUUGAGUGCUCCUUCUUCACCAAAACGCUUUGGUGAAUAUUACUUGAGCGCCCCCACGAGUCCUUCAAGAAUUUCUCAGCUGUAUAGCGAGUUUGAGUACUUUGCCUCCAUUGCUGACUCUUCCACCAUUGAAGCAGCAGAAAACACCACCAACAACGAUGAUGAAGAAGAUGAUGGCAGCAAUUUCGCUUUUUUUGUUAGCCGUGAAUCAGAAAAAUCAUCCCGUUCAGCUGAAGAACUCUUCGAUGGUGGCAAAAUCAAAGCUAUGAAGGCAGAAAGCAUGCUUCCUUCUCUGAGCAAUAAGAACCCUGUUUUGGAAACAGAGCAGAGAAGAGGCAGAGACAGAAACAGAGCAACAACCGCAUCAACAACUUUGUCAUCAUCGAACUCGGGUCGCAGGGUCUCAAGAUCACACUCUCCUUUUAGAAAACCACACUACACUUUGGAAUCAGAACAACUACAACAACAACAAGCUCAGAGCAACAAAGAAGAAUCAAAAUCAAGUGCAAAAUUGUCCUUGUCUAACUCUGGAGCUUCGAUUUCGUCUUCUUCUGGUUCAUCCAAAGGGUCAAGAAGGUGGAGUUUGAAGGAUUUUUUGCUGUUUCGAAGUGCCUCGGAAGGGAGAGGUUCAAGCAAAGAUGCAUUGAACAAGUACCCUGUUGCGUUCAAGAAGAAUGAAGUAGAGGUUAGAUCAUCUAGCUUUAGAUCCUCUGAUAGAACAAGAAGGAAGGGACCCGUUUCAGCCCAUGAAUUUCACUAUGCCAUGAAGAAAGCUGAAUCUGAUGAUAUGAGGAAGAAAACUUUCUUGCCAUACAAACAAGGGAUUUUGGGCAGGUUGUCUGGAUUUGGACUCUGAAUAAGAUCAUGAUGAUGAUGAUGAUGAUGAUGCAAUUUCUUGAAUCUUCAUCUAAGUUGUAAUUUUUUUGUUUAUUCUUUUGUUAAAAUUUGUAAUAUGCCUCAAUGGGGUUUAAGCCUGUGUAAACAGAAUCUAUUGUCCUUUAAGAUAUAGUAUAUAAAUGGGUAUGCUUGAUUGCACUUGA